UUUUGAUCCGAACUGAACCACCCUUUUUGCUUUCUUAGUCAAAUCACCAAAAUGUCCAGUUAGAACAAGAAUUUAGCAUCCUGCAAAAGAAGUAACAGCUGAGGAAAUUCUGAAAUGGAUCCCAAAUAUUUCAUCCUAAUUUUGUUUUGUGGACACCUGAAUGAUACAGUUUUCUCAGAAACAGAGGCCAGUACCACAAAGACACAGCCACCGUCUACUUUAAUGAAAUCACUGGUGCCUGAUAUCUCACCAAAUUCUCAAAACUCAAAUGAGAAUUCCCUGGAUCCACCAACACAAUCCAACAAUGUUUCUUCUGGACAACCAAUAUCACCUACCAAAGUCACUGCUGGACAAACAUUGGCCUAUAAUAUCACAAGACAACCAAUAACAACUGCCAAUACUUCUUCCCAACGAACAGUGCUACCUGCUUUUACCUCUAACAGAAAACUACCACCAUCUGGGCAUACUUCCACCAGACAACUACCCCAGUCUGUCUAUUCUUCCCCUCAACCACAAUCAUUAUCUGUUCACACCUCUUCUAGAAAACCAAUACCACCAACUCUUUAUAGUCCAUCUACACAAGCAACACCAACUAUUAAAAUUUCAUCUAGGCAUACACCAGGAUUCAUUCUAGAAACUACAAGCAAAAAAAAUGCACCUAGAACCAAUGCUAAUUCGACAGCUGCUGUGUUAAUUGGUGUAAUUCUGACUUCUAUGUUAAUAGCCAUACUCAUGAUUGUACUAUGGAAAUAUUUUAAAAAACCAGUUUCGAAUGAUCAAAAUUGGGCAGGAAGGUCUCCAUUUGCUGAUGGUGAAACCCCUGAUUUAUAUUUAGAUAAUAUUAGAGAAAAAGAAGUAUCCACAAAACGUACAUCCGUUAUUUCACUUAAUGCCUGGAAACCAAGCAAAAGCACAAUUUUAGCCGAUGACUUAGAAAUUAAGUUGUUUGAGUCAAGCGAAAACACUGAAGAUUCUAACAUCCCCAACGCAGAAAAAUUAAAAGUUCAAAUAAAUGGUACAUCUGAGGAUAGUGCUGAUAGAUUGACAAUCGGCACUGCCAUUUCUUCAUCAGAUGAUGCAGAUCUGCCUGCACCACCUCCUCCCCUUCUGGAUUUGGAAGGACAGGACAGCAACCAAUUAGACAAACCCACAAUGACAACUACAGCUCCUCUUCCAAAUGAUUCCACCAACCUUCCACCACCUCUGGAUUGUCUCACUGAAGUCUGUGAAGAUCAUACUUCUGAGUAUGAACAGUCACUUCCACCUCCCCCUGACUCACUUAACUUACUUCUGCCACCAACAGAUUUUAUGAAAAACCAGGAAGAUUCCAAUAAUGAGACUCAGUGUCAGGAGUUCGCAAUUGUCCUUGACUUGGAUCAAGAUCUCAAUGAAUCUCUGCCACUUCCACCUGAAGAACUGUUGUAAAUAUACAACUUGCUUUUUAGCUGACUCCAUCUUUCUUUCUUCAUGUGAUAAAAUAUGUUAAAUAGCAAUUGAUGGCUAAUUUUGAUUAUUAUUCAGGAAUUACCUGUAAUCUGCUUAAUCUCCAUGUAUACCAGUGGAACUUAUUUUUUGAGAAAAUAUGUAACAGUGAUCUAUUUACUGGCUAUAGUAUCUAAUGUUAAUGUAUUGUACAUUUUACAUAUGUGGCAAGUAUGUAUGAAAUUAACCUAACCAAUUUUUGAAACAAGCAAUCCUGUGUACUUAAUAUCACCAAAUAGCUACCUUAAAUAAAUUUAAAUUUUACUUUUCUAUUUCAGGGAGAGAUGAGAAAUUAAAUGCAUAUUCCAAGUUUUAAACAGAACUUCAAGUUUCAAAUCAGUAUCUCAAGAAUUAAAUAAAUAUUCCAAAUUUGGGGAUGAAGAUUAAAAUGAAUGUUUGAGAAUACAGAAAUUUCUUUUUUGUUCUUUGAAAAUGGCAAAAAAUUAUGAAAACAUCAAAUUGGAGGACUGAGUUGGGAACAUUUACUCUGAGUUAAAAAAAAAAAAGCAAAAAACUAACAUGAGUAUGCAUCAUAAAAU